AAUCUUAGAAUCGAGCGCUCAUUUUGGUGACAUUCUUAUCGCCCUCCUGCGUGUCGUCGGUUUUCUAUUUGAUCGCUGACUUCUGAUGCGGCCAUUAUACUGGCUUUUCCUUGUUGCUAUUGUAUCUCACAAUGUUGACAUUUAAAAAAGAAUUCGAUUUGGAGGAGGUAUACGAAUUGGUAAAGAAGGAAUGCGAAAGUGCAGCUCUCAGCCGGUCGGACUGUGGACUGAAAUGCAUAGGAUACCAGACAGAUAUACUGCUUUUCGCCUGCAAUACUAUUGUCGAUGAGAAGAUGGUUACGAAGAUUGGGUAUUAUUGCUUUCAGGAAAAGAUGGUUAUGGACCUUUACGUUCACCAGGAGGUUAUGGAAGUUCUUGUUGGAUCUGUAAACCCUGAAAAGAAUCUUCUUGUUUACGCAAGAAAAAAGAAUUUAAAGAGUUCAAACUAUCAAUCCUGUCUUGUCGAACUUAUUAACAUGAAGACUUUCGAUUUAAACAUCGAUAGUCCACAGACACAACAUCUACUGUUCUUUCCCUGGAGAAAUGCGAAAGAAAAGGGUACUCGAAAAGAGCAUUUGGUCUUUUUUAUUGAAAAACGGCGACUCGGCAUCAUUCAUAUAACAACGACCGUCAAUCAGUUCGACAAGAUAGAAGUUCAGCAAAUCCAGAAAGAGUUCCUCGUUCAACACUACGUUUGGUAUCAGCUAGAUCUGACAGCUAUGCGGCUAUACUACGUCUACCUUCAACAGCGGGUAACAGCUGGAGAAGUUCGCACGUCCAGCUCAAUGUUUAAUGUUUACCAGUUCUCCUCCCGAAGUAACCCUGAGAUAGUCCUCUCUGUCAGUAUCCCUCUGCCACUGUACCCUGAACUCUACUCCGGCAGUAAGAGGUACAUGAUCGGGCCCACCAGCUGUAGCAUGCCCGACAGCAGGGUCAACGUGACAGUGCUCCGUCCCUCCAGUGACAUUGAGAGUUUAGUCCUGUGUAUUGGGUAUAAUGCUCACUACUUCGUCUACCUUAUACAUAGUGGAUUCCUUGUGGAAUGUAAACACGGUGAAGCGGAGGGCGAAACGCAGUGUGUAAUGUUCUUCAGCAUGGCUGGUUAUGUGUUCGUGUACUCACCUCCUACUGUCCUCCACUGUAUAGAUGCCAGCUCGACCCACCUUACAAGAAACAGUAUGGUGUUUGAAGACGUGCCCCUACCCUGUUCUCUCACCAUCGACCUGCAAGAUUAUGUUCAGCAUGCUGGCAAGGAGAUGCCUCUGUGUCCCUUGAAACUUAUGUCGGGGGACCCUGCAUUAAUAGUCAAUCAGUCUACCAUAUACCGGAUUGAGCUGAAGUCGGAAGAUAUCUUAUCUCGGUACAAGUCUAUUUCUUGUCCUGCAACCUGGUCCUUCCUCAUGCAUCUCGCAGUAGAUCAUCUCAAAGAAUUGAAGUUGGCUCACAAGAUGUUGCUACAUUCGAUGGCAGUGUAUCCUAGCAGUAAGAUUUCAGAGCUUAUCAAGGAAUUCUUACUCACAGCUAGUCAUGUAACUCUAUUCGAACAGGAGGGAAUCACAAAUGACAUGCUGAGUGCCAUGCCUUAUGCUAACGAAGAUCCCCAGCUAGCAGUACUGGAUCGGAACAGAAUAUUGAAGAUAUCAAACAUUUUCCAGACAAUAACGAAGCCUAUGUUGACCUCCCAGAAGGUCCUCAACAUCGUCACUUACGCCGGCCCCUUCAUCAGGUUUAACUUAGAAGAAUUUGUGACGCGCUGUGCUCCAAUGGUAUCGCAUACCCCGGGGGCAACGACCCAUUCAACGUCACGGUCAUCUAUAUCUGGUCCAAGCAGUACUGCACCCUCUAGCAGUGCCAACAGUACAAGCUCUAAUGAGGACAUCCAGUCCCUCUCCUCUCACUGUAAUGAUUCGGACGACGAGGAGAAGUUGCUGGCCGACACGAUCUGCAAUGCACUGGAGUAUCACAUCAAACGGAGAUUUAAUGAGACUCUCCGUUUGAAACAUUGCCAAGACGCAGCUAAGCAAUACUUCCUCAAUCUGGCUAAACAGUGCAGAAUAGUGCUGUCCCUGGUGUUGAUAUCGACAGGGAGAACUCCAGAUUGGUAUCCAGAAUCUGACUGUUUGCAGGAAGAUGUGCCUGAACCUGGCAUCGGAGCUCUACUUAAACUGUUAGACGUUCUAAAGUACACUAUGAUACAGUUAGGGUGCCCUGCUCCAAUUACUUUCGAGUGGGUGCAUGUCUACAGUGCAUAUAAAGCGCUGUCGACGGAACUGUUCUUGAGAAGACUCUCGACCAAGUCGGUCAAGGUUACCCCUACGACGGUGAAAAAGUUUUUGUCGAUGCUCCCAAAAGACUCAGAAUCACAGAUACUGUGCAGUGCUCUAGUCUCCUCACUAUCCCGCAGCCAAGCAUUGCAAGCUCUCAAAGCUUGGGACAGCCCCACUUAUCGCAGUUUUACUGCACAGAAUUACCUGGUAGCACUGCGAAACAAGGUGGGAUCAGGUCUCCGCAGUCCGGCUGAACCUGUCUCUGACACACCAAGCUACCUUCGUACUCAUCCCUUUAUCCCUGUUAACAGUUUCUACUCGUAUCUCUAUCACAAGAUUCAGGCCCCCGAUCUGGCUAGGAAGUUGCAGGCUCUGAGUGACAUGAGCAUGGAGAAGACUAGGGAGAGGGAAACGGACGGUACACUGAGAGGCAUUACUUUUUACUAGAUUAUAAUCGAUCAGGAAUUUAAUCAUAUCCAUUUCAAGACACUAAAGGGGACCUGUGGUUUUAAAAUAGCACUUUUUUUGGUAUGAUAUUAGAUUUCUGAGUAAUAAAUUAUGUUCUUAAUUUUAUAUUAGUCAACUGAACUUGGACAUAAGUAUAAUCGCAAAUUUUGUGCGAUUCCAUAAACCCAUAAAUCCAAUUUUUAUUUUUAAACAUUGCAAAGUAGGACAUCGCUGGCGAUGCCUAUUACAUGAUUUAAAUCAUUGCAUUAUGUGACGUUGUUUAUUUAGGUUUAGUUUUUCUAGUGAACAAUUGAUACUGUCUUUACUUUAACAAAAGCUAUAAAAUGUAAAACAAAAUAAUAUAGCGAAUUAAAUCCUAUGUUUUUAUACGAUUAUAAUGUAUGAGAUUGUUUAACAGUUUAUUGCUGAUG